CCUCCCGCCGCAUCCCGCCGCCCCCUCCCGCCGCCCCCCGCCGCCGGGCCCUUCGCCGCCGCCGCCAUGGCCAUGAGGCAGACCCCGCUGACGUGCUCCGGGCACACGCGGCCCGUGGUGGACCUGGCCUUCAGCGGCGUCACCCCCUACGGGUACUUCCUCAUCAGCGCCUGCAAGGAUGGGAAGCCUAUGUUGCGUCAGGGUGACACGGGAGACUGGAUUGGCACCUUUCUAGGUCAUAAAGGUGCGGUUUGGGGUGCCACUUUAAACAUGGAUGCCACUAAAGCAGCUACAGCAGCAGCAGAUUUUACAGCCAAAGUGUGGGAUGCUGUGUCAGGCGAUGAACUAAUCACAUUGGCUCACAAACACAUUGUCAAGAGUGUGGAUUUUACGCAGGAUAGCAAUUAUCUGUUAACAGGUGGACAGGAUAAACUGUUGCGUAUCUAUGACUUGAGCAAGCCAGAAGCAGAACCUGAUAUUAUCAGUGGACAUACGUCUGGCAUUAAAAAGGCUUUAUGGAGCAGUGAUGACAAACAGAUUCUUUCAGCUGAUGAUAAAACUGUCCGCCUCUGGGACCGGAGUACCAUGACUGAAGUGAAGGCACUAAAUGUUGCCAUGUCAGUGAGCAGCAUGGAGUAUGUUCCAGAAGGACAGAUACUUGUGAUAACCUAUGGGAAGACUAUUGCUUUUCACAGUGCAGAAACUUUAGAGCAGAUUAAAUCAUUUGAAGCACCUGCUACAAUCAAUUCUGCAUCACUUCACCCUGCAAAAGAGUGUUUGGUUGCAGGUGGUGAAGAUUUUAAACUCUACAAAUAUGACUAUAAUACAGGAGAAGAAUUAGAAUCUUACAAAGGACACUUUGGUCCAAUUCACUGUGUGAGAUUUAGCCCUGAUGGGGAGUUAUAUGCAAGUGGCUCUGAGGAUGGCACACUAAGGCUGUGGCAGACGAUAGUAGGGAAAACCUAUGGUCUUUGGAAGUGUGUAGUUCCUGAAGAGGAGAAUGCAGAAGCAGCCAAAGCAAGGACCACUCUUCCAGGAACUGCAGAGGAGGAAAUAGAAGAACUUGCCUCAGAAAACUCAGACUCGGUCUACAGCUCAGCUCCUGAAGUUAAGGCCUGAUUAUUGCAAGUGUUACUCAACAUACGGACAUAAGAGAUGGAAUCAAGUGAACAGUGAUAAACAGCAGCCUUCCAGAGUGUGCUCUCAACAUAUAAGGCAAAGAUGGGCAGUAAUUGAUGAGAAUGCGGUGGAACUGGCUAGGUGUUGUUUGUAAGAGAACUGAGUAUCCAAAAAAAACAACCAACAAGACAUGUAGUAGAGUUUUGCUGUCUUUUUAGCAUAACUGCCUACUGUCUUUUCAAAGAAGUGCACAAACCAAGAUCUAGUCUCUGUAAUUUCAGUUAGACUCAUUGUAGUGUGUUUUCUUUAUUACGGACAAGAGAUACAAUGUCUUUUACCUUUUUAUUUUAUUCUUGAAAGCUGGAAAAUUUGGCUUUAGUUGAAAAUAAGGUUUGUGUACUGAAAGUAUUUGGUUUGGGUUUUGUUUCAUUGUAUGCUGCUUCUGAAAGUUUAGAUGUUUUCAGUUGUCUAAAUAAAAUGCCUCUAAAAACUCUUAUCUUAGUGUUGAGCUUUGGGUUCAUGGAAUGGCAAAGCAACCAAGUUAACAACAUAAUUGUUUCCAGGAUCUUGGUGUUGUACUGUAUGGAGGAGAAAGCAGUUACAAUGUGUUUAACGUUGGUACAGAGGGCGGCAGGUUCUUUGAUCUGUAAGCUUUGUGGUUUUUUUAUUCUUUAAAGUUUGAAUGUAAACAUGAGUCUCUAAAAUCAAAAGCAGUGAAAACUCCUAAAUUAAACAUGCUGCCUGAAAUAUUUGGUUGUACAUGAAAAUCUCAGACAUUGGCUCUGAAUCUGUAUAAAGCUUGGGUUUAGUCCUCCAGACUGGAUAAAAAAGUUACUCUCUCAAGGUUACAAAUCAUAUUUUCUUCAUUAAAGAAAAUACUGACAUUCUUCCA